UCAAUCUAAAGAGGGGGAAAGAGAGAGAGGGGGAAAGAGUUAGAGAAAGGGAUGUUUUUAUUAAUGCAUGGCAUUCUUAUACCUGUGCAGUUGAGCUAGUUAUUUUUAUUAAUGUUAUUACACGUGGUACUAUAAUGAGCAGCAAAAGAAAGAAGUUGAAACUUGAACAAGAAGGAGAAGAAGAACAUCUCAGUUUACAAGAAGAGGAGGAAGAGGAAGGAUCUUCGAGCGAUGAUAGUAGUUCUGUAGAAUCUGAUUUGGAGAUUCAAGUAGAAUUUGAAGGAACAGAAAUAAAAGAAACUGACUAUCACGGGAUAAGGAGACUGCUACAACAAUUGUUUUUAAAAGCACCUGUAGAUGUCUCUAGUCUUUCCUCAUACAUUGUACAGCAAAAGAAUAUUGGGAGUCUAAUAAAAACGUGUAAUAAUGAAGAGGACGAGGAGUCAGUAAAAGGUGUGGAGUCAGGGGAGGAGUCAGGAGAUGACAAUGUGUAUGGUAUAACAACAUUAGUACAACUACCACAAGAUAAAAGUGGUUUAUAUGAAUAUUUAAUGAAUGCUUGUUCUACUUCAAAACUUGCACAGAAGAUUAAAGAGCUUUCUGCCGAUCCACAGUACCUGAUAGGUGUGGUGCUACAUGAGAGGUUUCUAAAUAUACCACCUGACAUUGGACCACCUGUCCUUAACUGCUUAAUUGAUGAAGUUGAGGCUAAUAUUUCUAAAAUUACUCAUUUUAUUGUUAUUACACGUUCACAUUCACUGACUGACUCCGAAAGCUCCAGCAAGAGAAAAGGUCAAAAGAAUAAAUCAAAGACUAAUAAUAUAAUAUACGAUUUUCCAGAAAUGGAGUACUUCAAAAAAGAGUCUUUAUUUGAGCAUAACUAUUCAGUGUCCUCUGACCAUGAUACAGUUCAAGGUGGCAGGUGGAGUUUUGAUGACGAAGUGUUCUCACCUCAUCGCUCGGUACUGUUACUAAAUAAAGAAUCCUUUUACAAAGCAUUUCGACAAUUAACUAGUGAUUUUAAUAAGUAGUCAUUAUUAAUUAUUACUGUUUACUAAUACAUAAUUUAAUGUAGUUUUCUUUGCUUGUUCUUAGACAUUAAUUCUUUCUCAAGUUCUA